GAACAUGGGCGGGCUCACACCACAGAGAAGUGCUGCAGGGGCAGCCCAGAGUUGUGGUUCCCACGGACAAGAUCUUGGGCAGAUGCCAGUGCUGAGCUCAGAGUUUCCGUGCAGAGCAGCUCAUUCACAUGCCAGAGGGUGAGGGAGCGUGGCCCUGGCCCUGAGAGUCCUGCUCCGGGGUGGGGCUGUGGGACCACAGUGAUUCUAGAGAGCCACCGCUGCCUGCCCCACACUGGGACCCCCAUCUCCCACCCAGAGGACCUGGCUAUAAGGUGAAAGGGCAGGAGCAGCCCCUUCCCUACAGUGGAAAGUUGGUGCUUGUCUCUGUCCCUCUCUGAAGAGGCUGUGCUAGCCUGCUGGGCAUCACAGCUCCCUGGGGACCAGCUGGGGUGGAGCACAGCUGGGGGAAUGAGGCGGGGUACAGUCCCCAGCCAGGGUAGGUGGGGCCACCGGACCCAGACACAGCUCAGAACUGGUCACAUACCCACAGCACAGCGCUGUGGCACAGAGCAGCCGAGCCCCCUGGAGCUCGAGCAAUCACCGUGGGCAUCCUGACCCUGCCCUGUUUUCACGGGGUGUAAUGGCACCAGGCAGAAGGGAUGUGUGCCAUGGGCGGGGGGCAGUGGGAACGUGUGCCACAGCCCAGGCUGCCCUCUGCAAGGCCACGGCCAGACACCGGCAGCUCGUGCUGCAGCUUGGGGGGAGCGGUGACAGCCCGCGGCUGCGUGAGGAGCGAUGCAGGAGGAGCGCAGAGGCCUGUGAGCUCAGCAUGGGAUUGCGGCGGGUGCUCCUAGCAGGGCUGCGGCAGGUCCCGGCGAGCCCUCUGGAACGGCAGGAGCUGGAGCGGCUGUGGGUGCUCUUCCUCUCUGCCUUGGAGCUCUUCCUUCAGGACCUGUACAGAGCCCAGCACCUCUGCCAGCUCUUCUCCCUCCAAGGGGGUGGUGUUGCCCCACUGCGCACUGGGCUGGGGUGCUGGGGGCUGCCCAGCCGGCAAGGAGGGGGUCCCUCACAGCCUCCAAACACCCAGCGCUUGGAGGAGGAGAUUGAGCAGGUGAGGGCCACGCUGGCAGAGAUGGAGAGCGGAGCCAACAUUCCACCGUGGACAGUGGAAGCCGCAGAGACCGCACAGCCAGCAGAGAUAAGCAGCACCACAGAGAGAGAGGCCUGGGGAGGCCCCUGUGCUGGGCACUGCUGUGGGGUGCUGUGAGCUAGGGGGGCAGGAGAUAGCAGCCAGAGGUGGCACCCCUGCCACAGAGCAGAGGCCCCAUGUAUGCCUACAGUCCUCAACCCCUGCCUUUGCAGGUGAUGGUGGGGGCUGCUCCCACCCUGCAGAAGAAAUGGGUCUCCAAAUGGGUCUCCGCAUCCCCAAAUAUUGAUAAAGCUCCUGUUACUCCACAGGGGUCAGUGUCCCUUCCACCCUCCCCACCCACACUCGCAUAGGGGCCUCUGGGCACUCAGGGUGUGCCAAGACUCCCAUGGAACCCCCUG